CAUUUGGCCAGCAGAAUAACACCCCAUGCCCCAUGGGGACAGAUGCAAAAGGCACACUGGGUGCCCUAAGCACAGGGCUGUGGUGGCAUUCAGGAUGGUGAAGAAUACCUCCCUUCUGGACCUCAGCUGAUGCUCAGGAAGGAGGUGUCUGUCUCAGAGAUUUUCCACCUCAGUUUACAAGCACCAGUAAUUGUAUGCUUCCUUUUUGUGUUUGGGUUUGACCAGGUUGAUCUUUCCCAGUCAUGCAGGACUUCAGACAUUUUUACCUGGUUUCCUCUUCCUUGGAAUGGACUUAUUCUGCUUGCAAGCAGUGAUCCUUAAAUAGUUAACAUAAUUUUUUACCUUAUUCCUCUCAGAGCUUUACCCUGCCACAACACUGUACCUCACAGACACUUGAAGAAGCCAAGAUGUGCUCUCCUGAUGCCCAAAGCUGUGAGCUUCUCUUUUGUCCCCCCUUCAGACUCAAGUUCUCUUUGAUCUUCACAUUCCCCACAAGCCCUUCCUUGACAGUUAGCAUGUGAUCCAGCAGGGCAUCACUCCUCACAGGUUUCUCUACAGCUUGGUCCAUAAGCUGUCACCUGUGCUCUCCAGGGAUCUUCUGGAUGGCUUCUCAAUGGCACAAAUUCAGCAGAUUCCAAAUUACAAUCAUAUCUCUUUUGUCUUUCAGGAGCUGUUGGCCAUGGAGACCCAGGGACAUCUCAAGGGAGUGGAGCGCUGAGGAUAAAACUCACAUCCUCUACUGCUGUGCUGGGCCAGGCUCCUGGGACGCAUUGAGCUCUUACAAGGGCAGCACUGCAGGGAGACAGCUGUGCCCAGGAGCAGCUCCUGUUCACCACAAAGCAGGGCUGGGAGCAUAAUCUGCAGGUGACUGAGCUGAAGAAAGAGAGCUUACAGGCUGUGUGGCACGUUAGCCGGCUGUGAGCUCACUGGAGAAGCAUGUCUCACAGCCCUUAACUAGGUAAGUCUCUCACUGCACGCAGUGUUCUGGGUUUAACUGCAGGAGUCACUGAAUUUGGAACAUCCCAUUGCAGAUCAGGAUGCAUUAACUCUGCUUCUUAAUUGUGGAUUAAAAACUGCUCCAUCUAAGGUCUUCCAUGCUGCAGCAUCAGAGCACAGCCCUGAGGGCUGCGUGUCCCUGCAGAGCAGGUCCCUGCUGUGCCCCAGGGGCUGUGUGCUGGGGCAGGGACUCUGCUGCCUGCCAGGCUCAGCACUCAGCCUGCCCAGGGAGCUGCGGGGAGACGUGUGGGGGGAAGGAGCCCUCUGGCAGGGCAGGGCAGGGCAGGGCAGGGGCCUUCAGCUGCCACAGCUGCUGCCUGGGACAGGGAGCUCAUAGCUACACUGCACCCAGAGUGUUUCUAAGGGCAUGUUGCAAGAGGAGAGGCAAGGCAAGGAUAUUCCUUUUCCUAUUCUGAGUGAAGGAUGAAUGAAGGCAGAAAUCUAAAAGGGGCUGUCAACUUUGAACACAGCUCUGAGACUCCCAAAUUUUUCUUUAAUCAAUAGCUUGUUUUGUGUACAGGCACAUGCAAUCAGUCUCUCCUUUCUCAAAGGAUUGAACCUGUUGAAAUUAUUGUCAUUUUCUGCAGACAUGAAUAAUGCACUUAUCCCACAAACAGACAGAUUUCACUAACAGACAGUGCACAGAGGUUAGGGUUGUGGGCUCAAAGAGCAGUUGGGGUAAAGAUAUGAGACAUGAAACAGAUGAAAAUAUCUGAGGAGAUGGGAUAAGACUAGAAAAUGAGAGAAAGAUUAAAGCUCCAGAUGCGUCCUCUGCUUAUGAGUAGUGGAGCUUCAUGAAAUUAAAUGGAGCCAAUGGAACAUUUGCUAAAGAGAAAGUGAAGGUAUUAUAAUAUAGCAGGAGGAGUGACUCUGAGAAUGGCCUUGACUUGUCGUUAUCUUCUGCACUCUGCACAGGACUCCAUGCCCAGGAACUGCAGAUGCCCAACAGCAGCUCCAUCAGCCAGUUCCUCCUCCUGGCAUUGGCAGACACGCGGCAGCUGCAGCUCCUGCACUUCUGGCUCUUGUUGGGCAUCUACCUGGCUGCCCUCCUGGGCAACGGCCUCAUCAGCACAGCCGUAGCCUGCCACCACCGCCUGCACACCCCCAUGUACUUCUUCCUCCUCAACCUCGCCCUCCUCGACCUGGGCUGCAUCUCCACCACUCUCCCCAAAGCCAUGGCCAAUGCCCUCUGGGACACCAGGCACAUCUCCUAUGCAGGAUGUGCUGUACAAGUCUUCUUUUUACUACUUUUCUUUGGUGCAGAGUAUUGCAUUCUCACCAUCAUGUCCUAUGACCACUACGUUGCCAUCUGCAAGCCCCUGCACUACGGGACCUUGAUGGACAGCAGAGCUUGUGCCACCAUGGCAGCAGCUGCCUGGGCCACUGGACUUCUCUAUUCCCUGCUGCACACUGCCAACACAUUUUCACUGCCUCUCUGCCAAGGCAAUACAGUGAAACAGUUCUUCUGUGAAAUCCCCCAGAUCCUCAAGCUCUCCUGCUCAAAAUCCUAUCUCAGGGAAUUUACACUUAUUGCGGUUAGUGCACUUGUGCUUUUGGGGUGUUUUGCUUUCAUUCUUUUCUCUUAUGUGCAGAUCUUCAGGGCUGUGCUGAAGAUGCCCUCUGAGCAGGGAUGGCACAAAGCCUUCUCCACGUGCCUCCCUCACCUGGCUGUGGUCUCCCUGUUUCUCAGCACUGUGGUGUUUGCAUACCUGAAGCCCUUCUCCAUUUCCUCCCCAUUCCUGGAUCUGGCGGUGGCAAUUCUCUACUCAGUGGUUCCUCCAACACUGAACCCUAUUAUUUACAGCAUGAGGAACAAGGAGAUCAAGCAUGCCCUCAACAAAGUGUUUCAGCAUGCAAUAUCCUUGCUUCAAUAAUUUGCACGACUUCCUCACAUCGUUCCCAGUGAUGGAUCUUUAUAUUUUAUGUAUGUAUGUGUCUCGCUCCAAUUUAUAGGAGGGAGAGGAGGUUCUUUUAUUAUCUCUAUACCCAGUGUGAGAUGAAGAAGCAACGGUUCCAAUGUUGGUCCGACCAGUUGAUUACAAAUCUUAAUCAGGGAAAUGGGGAAGGGGAGGAUGGACACUAUUAUGAAUUAGGGUAAUGGGGAAGGGAAGGAGGGCGAUAGAAAAGAUAGAAGAGAAUAAGCAAGGAGUCUUUAUAGGCAGCAAGAGGGACACAGUCACCACCAUGGAUCCAGCAUGGUUCGUAGUUCAGUCUUUGAUCUUCAGUAGUGGUGGGUCGUCGGGCAGAGUUGUUCUACUAACGACCACGACAACGACCAUGGUGAUGAUGGCCCCUUUUCAAUGGUUUCAAAGUGGUUGAGUCAGCUGUCUUUGGAGUGGCAGCUUCUGGCUCUGGGAUCUCAGCAGAAACUCCUUUGUUCUCAUCUUCCGGGCCUUGCCAGCAGAUAAGAGGGAGCAGGGAUGCCCAUCUGCAUCCUGUUUCUCACAGAACACAAUGGUAUCAUUCCCCAGUUUUCCCACACCUAGCUGGAGCUGUUUAGUCACAGGCCGGAUCUUCGGCCAGUGAACACUCCUGAGCACUCUGAUCCGCUCUUCUACAGAGCAAGCAGCUCUGGAGGAAGGGGCUUUCAAAUGUUCCCAAAGC